AUGGACUCAUUGUUCUUAAUACUCCUUGCUGCCUUGUGUGCGCUUGUCCUGGGGACAGCGUGCGCAACAAUCACGUUCUAUGUCCUAGCCAGCGGGCUACCCCGGGUGCAAAAGGGCGUGGUGGCAUUCUUCCAUCCGUUUGCCGACGGGGGCGGUGGUGGUGAACGCGUGCUGUGCUCCAUAUUAGCGCCUCCUGGUACAACGCAGCCCUGUGUUCCGCGCACCGCGCAGGUGGCAAUUUUCGUGCGGGAGGGGGUCACCGCAGAGCGCCUCCUGCAGGACGCCCAGUCGCGUUUCAACAUCCGCAUUGAAAAGCCCAUUCGGGUCAUCCCGCUGCGCCGCACUCACCUCGUGAAGCCGGAGCGCUACCCCCGGUUCACGCUGUUGCGCCAGGCACUGGGCUCUGUGGCCCUGGGGCUGGAGGCGCUAAGGCAGCUGGUGCCCGAGGUGUACAUUGACACCACAGGCUGGGCGUUCCCUUACCCUUUUGCUUGGAAAGCUGGCUCACGCGUGGUGGCGUACGUGCACUACCCUACCAUCAGCUCUGACAUGCUCGGCCGCGUGUGGAGCGGUACGGCAACGUACAACAAUGACGCGGACAUUGCAGAGUCUCCUGUCAAGACCACCAUCAAGCUGCUGUACUACCGUGUCGUGGCGCUGUGGUACGGCGUUUGUGGCUGCGUUACGGCAGUCACGUGCGUCAACUCCUCUUGGACACGUGACCACAUACAGCGAAUCUGGUUCCUUGGGAGAGCCCCGUUGCUGGUCUACCCGCCUGUCGAUACCAGGGAGCUGCUCCAGCUACCCCUGGACCGCAAGCUCAAGCAGCUGUACCUGGUGUCGGUCAACCAGUUCAGACCGGAGAAAAACCACCGGCUGCAGCUGGAGGCGUUUGCGCUGGCGAAGCGGAUGGCUGGGCCCACCUUGCAGGGCCAGGCGGUACGGGAGGCAAAGCUGAAGUUCAUCGGUGGCUGCCGCAACGCGGAUGACGAGGCACGGCUAGCUGCAUUGCAGCAAUACGCACAUGAGCUCGGGCUGGCGGACUGUGUGGAGUGGAUCGUCAACGCGUCGUUUUCGGAGCUCAAGUCGCAGCUGGGCGGUGCGGUGGGUGGGCUGCAUACCAUGGUAGACGAGCACUUUGGCAUCAGCGUUGUAGAGUACAUGGCGGCCGGCGUGGUCCCCAUCGCGCACAACUCCGCUGGCCCCAAACAGGACAUCGUUAAGCCGGUGCAGGGCGACGACGGCUGCGAACAGGUGACGGGUUUCUUGUCCACCAGCGCGGAGGAGUACUCGGAGGCAAUUACGCGGGUGCUUACGAUGGACCAGCGGGAGCGUAUGAAGAUCGCCGCGGCGGCACAGAAGCAAGCCAUGGCUUUUUCGACAGAGCGCUUUCUGCAUGACUUCACGGCGGUGGUUGCGCCGGUCCUACCACGCUGAGCAAGCGCUCGUGCGACUGGCCGAGCAGUGACGCUCCAAUAUGCCUGUACUAACGUCACGCGCGUCAGCAUACUGACUAAUGCAAAUAUGAUGGCAGCAGCAUAGGGAACCGAAGUAAGGUAAAUCUGUGGUGAUAUUGCUCGUGUAACAUGCAUCGUAAUCUGUUGAAAAUACCAAAAUAUCUUCUCUGUUUGCUACAGCAACUUGAUAAGACCCGAACAUAUCUCGCAGAACCAUUGUCUACUCUUAAUUGGUAGCAAUAAUCCACAGCACUGGCAUGAAUAGUUAGCAACCACAAGCAAGCACACAACGAAGUGCACGCCGGCCGCUGGCAGCUGCCUGACGACGCACUUCAAAGAAUACAUUACGCACAGCAUCCGUCCGCGCCGAUAGGCCAACGAAUCCCUCCGAGCGUCCCACAGCACAGCGGCAAACGUGGAAACUCCUGGCGCACUUGAACACUACGGCAUUAACGAAGAAAACAAUUUCACGCAACUCUUUUUCCUUGCGCACUGGUCACGGGAUGUCCGCCGGGUCCAAUACUUCAUAACCCAACCCCGCCCACAACGAGAAGUUUUGCUUCGUGCCGCGAGAGAACUGACUUCCGCACCGCAGCUAACCUCCGGUGCUGCUUUCCCUGUGCGAGGUAGCUGAUUGUGUAACAAGACUCCGCAGCUACUUGCACAUAGGCAUGCUCCCCAGCUUAAGACGCCUAACGUGUUAGCAAAACGAGAUCCGCAAACACCUUCGCCCGUCCCUACCAACGCCUCCUAUCUAUCCGUCCACAGCAGCGCACUAGAAACCAUCCACGAGCCCUAACGAUCCGGCUCCACGCUUGCACGCAUUGCCACGACACUCCACACAAGUUGCAAACCCUGUCAGAACGAGCAAACCCAAGAAACACACUGCAGCACCGCGUAACACACGUAUGGCAAACAU